AUGCCUCUCAAAUCACCCGUGGACAAAUUGCCGCUGGCCGUUCGCAAGAAUGUGCGUGACGAAUGGGACUCCAAGAGACCAGAUUUCGAGGAUCGGAUAUCCAGAACUCUUGGACAGCCAUGGACCGUGACCGCCAAUUCAAACCUCUUGUACGUCUAUACCGAGGACGAGUCCUACAAGUCACGGAUCGGCGAAAUCAUAACCUGGUACAUCGAACCCUUCUGCUCCAACCUGGAAUCUUUCGUCCAAUCUUACGGCGACGAUGGGAAGGCCGAGCUCAACUCGUUGUGCUCGAAGCAUCAGGUCGAACUCGCACCACAACUCGAAGACACCACCUUCACGUAUGGCGGCCUUCAUAUCAAGGACGGUGUCCUCCGUCUUGUCUUCGCGGAAGGAUCUCUGGCCGUUAACACCAACGACGUCAGUCAAGGGUUUCAGGACGCCCUCAAAUUGGCCGCCGCGUCGUCUGGCGGCGCAAAUGCUUUCAGCAUCAACGCCAGGCAAUCUGUGCGCGGAUCCUACGACCCGGAGAUCGGAGCCCUCCAAAAGGCCAUCGGCGAGCUCGUGAGAGUUCCGGACAUCAAGCUGAACCCGGAUUUCGAGAAAAAUGCCGCCGUGCUGAUCCAAGCGGGCGACAAAGUCCGGUCUGACUGGGACAAGGUCCUCGGCGGUGCCACCUUGGCGUACUUCGACGGUCUGAAGUACCAGCUUGAGCGCGCCGGGUUCAAGGACGACGACAUGCUCCAGGAAGGAUUUCAGGAAGGCAUAUCGAAGAACGAGAUUGCGUUCCGGGUGGUGGAGAAGCUGGAGAACAGCAGCUAUCACGAGACGCUGGUCGAGGAUGGAGUGCUUGUCAUGCAGACGACGCCGGAACACUUUUGGACAAACACGUCUGACGUUGGCAGCAAUAUUCUAGACUUACUCUGA